UUCUCGUACACACACAACCAUAUCUCAUAAGUCCACCAAACAGUUUCUCUCUACCAAUCUCAUCUUACACAUAAUUUCUGUGAACUCACACAUUAAGGUCAUAGCCAAAGGAAAGAAGCUAUGAGUAGUUAUCAACAUACACACCAAACAACACAAGACUCACACAAAGUGACACCAUGUGACUAUUGUGGACACACAACAGCUGUUCUCUAUUGCAGAGCUGAUUCUGCAAAGCUUUGUUUGUCUUGUGAUCGUGAAGUUCACUCUACAAACCAGCUUUUCUCAAAGCACACACGCACUCUGCUCUGUGAUGUAUGUGAUGAUUCCCCUGCUACUAUACUCUGUUCAGCUGAAUCCUCUGUUCUGUGCCAGAACUGUGACUGGGAAAAACACAACCUUUCUCUCCAUGAACGGAGGCCUCUUGAGGGGUUCACUGGGUGCCCUUCUGUCACCGAAAUCUUAACAAUUAUGGGGUUCCAAGAUAUGGGUAAAAAAUCUCUGCUUUCAUCUGAUGAAAGAGGUGUUUCUGGUGAUGGGUUUUUAGGGUACGCGAUUGAAGAAGGGAUUUCGGAUUUGUUUGUUUGGGAUGCUCCUUCUUUUGUUAGUCUUGACGAUUUGAUUUCUUCUUCUGCUUCUUCUCAUAAUUAUCAUGCUAUGGAAGUUCCUCCUCUGCCCAAGAAUCGUAAGGCUGCUUGUGGGCGACGCAGAGAAGAGAUUCUUGGUCAGCUUCGUGAACUAGCAAAGUCUGAGCCCUUGGACCCUGAUCCUCAUGUGCAAUCAGAAAAAUUGUCCUCUGGUUUUGAACGUGACAUGGAGGCUGAUCUAUUUCCUUCUCAUGAGUGUCAUAGAGAAAGCAGUGAGCCUAUGUAUCAAGUUGUUCCUCCUGAUACAUCAUUGAGAGCUUAUACCGAUGAAAUUCCAGUUAAAUAUUCGACUUCUGCUAUCGAGGAGACUCAUAACUAUGGCAACAAUGUAGAGCAACCAUCAAAUUCUCUCAAGUGUGAAACCUUAUCAAUUACUCCUAAAGCUGCUCCAUGUGAGUUAACGAGUCAAGAAAGAGAUUCUGCAUUAUUACGGUACAAGCAGAAGAAGAAAACUAGAAGAUAUGACAACCGCAUAAGGUAUGAAUCACGAAAAGUUCGGGCAGAAAGCAGGAUACGAGUUAAGGGCCGAUUUGCCAAGAUUGAACAUUGAAACAUGCACUGAUAUCAUAAGCAUACGAAGGUGGACAUGGAACAGAAAAGAUACAUUGGAGAAGGGAGCAUUUUUCCAGCUACUGCUUUCUUCUGUAGUUGUUUUGGAGCUGUAGCUUGGAUAAUGCUUACGUUCCAGCAAAAUGUAAAGCUUGUGCAAGUUUUUUUUUGCCCCAUUACACAUUAUGAAUGCUUAAACGACGCAGAGUUGUCGAAUGUUAGUUGUACACAUUCCUGUGAGAUUUAUAAAAAUGCGAGAUAUUGAAUAUCCAAAAAAAUAAAUAAUAA